CCUUGAUACACUGACUGGACUUAAGGGACCCGAACAACAAGGAGAAGGAUCGAGUCGCUGAUAGGACUCUGGAGCAACUUGCUUUGAAAUCCGAAUCAAGCACAGCUAGGAAAAACAGCGUGGAGUUACCAUGGCAACCGAGCCGCUGUACUUCAGCGUGUGGGACUAUGUGGUGUUCUCUGUCAUGCUCUGCGUGUCGGCGGGCAUAGGGCUGUACUACGCAUGCACGGGAGGCAAGCAGAGCACGCAGAAGGAGUUCCUCAUGGCAGAUAAGUCCAUGUCAACGCUUCCCGUUAUGAUGUCCCUGCUAGCCUCGUUCAUCUCCGCCAUCACGGUGCUGGCGGCCCCAGCAGAGGUGUACAGGAACGGCACCAUGUUCUGGUUCUUCGCGGUGUCGGGGUCCUUCAGCAUGGUGCUGGUAGCGAGGCUAUUUGUGCCUACCUUCUACAACCUUGGGUUGACAAGCACCUACGAGUACCUGGAAAUCCGGUUCUCCAAGGCAGUUCGUUUACUUUGCACCGUCCUCUUUAUGGUGAACAUGCUAGUGUACAUGGGACUUGUUCUCUACGCUCCGUCCUUGGCUCUUAAUGCAGUAACUGGCCUGACGCUUUGGGGAGCAGUCCUGGGUAUGGGACUGGUCUGCACGUUCUACACAGCCCUGGGCGGCAUGAAGGCCGUGAUGUGGACCGACACGUUCCAGGUGUUUGUGAUGGUGGCGGGGUUUCUGGCCGUCAUCAUCCAGGGGACUAUAGAGGCAGGCGGGCCGGCUCGCGUCUGGGAACUCAACCGGAAGGGACAGAGGCUGGAGUUCUUCAAUUUUGACCCCGACCCGCGAGUCCGGCACACGACGUGGAACAUCCUGGUGGGAGGAACGUUCUUCCGAUGCGCCAUGUACGCAGUGAACCAGGCACAGGUGCAGAGGUACCUCUGCUGCCCGUCCAUCAAAAAGGCACAAGUAGCCCUCUACUGGAACAUUCCGGGACUGGUUUUGUUCAUCUUCUUCGCGGUCCUGAGUGGAAUGGUGAUGUACGCCCGGUACUUCGACUGCGAUCCUAAGACAAUGGGGUACAUCAGCAGUUCUGACCAGAUGAUGCCGUACUUCGUAAUGGACAUCCUGAGCCAGUUUCCGGGCAUCCCUGGCCUCUUCACGUCCUGCGUGUUCAGCGCAGCCCUCAGCACCAUGGACUCGGGGCUGAACGCGUUGGCGGCCGUGGCGCUGGAGGACUUCGUAAAGCCCUGCUUCCCCAACCUCAGCGACGAGAAGUACACCUGGAUAUCGAAGAUUCUAGCCAUGGUUUUCGGCCUGCUGACGAUCCUGAUGGCGUUCAUCGCCUCGAACCUGGGCCCGGUGUUCUCCGCUGUCAUCAGCCUGUUCGGCAUGAUCGGCGGCCCGAUCCUCGGCAUCUUCGUGCUCGGCAUGAUGUUCCCCUGCGCUAACAAAUGGGGAGGUCUUAUAGGCCUUUUGUUCAGCCUUUUCAUCACUCUGUGGAUCGGGAUGGGGAAGAUCGUGUGGCCGAUGUCUGGAUGGGCACCGCCGAUCUCGGUCGACGGAUGCUCCGCAGGCCUCACUGUAAACGCCACGGCAAAUUUCACCACUACCCCCGCCAUGGCCACGAGCACAGCACGGUAUAACAUCACCACUCCGGCUGGGCCUACAGUAGACCAGUACCCCCCAGAAUCCGCGCUGUACGAGCUGUCUUAUGUGUACCUCGGAGCGGUGGCAACCCUCAGCUGUGUAAUCGUGGGACUCCUGGUGAGCCUCGUAACAGGCUCCCAGGAUCCUACGAAAGUGGACCCCAGACUGAUCGUCCCGUUCUACGACAGCAUGUUCUGCUGCCUGCCCAACAGCUGGCUGGAGUGGCUGCGCUGUGGGGUCAGGCAUGGGGAGGGGGACAAAGCCGCCAUGGAUGUCGAGAUGUCUCCUGCCGUCACUAAGCUCCUACCGACUGACGAGGGGAUCAAGAUUCAAGACUCCAAUGACAAUCACAGUCAGACUACGAUCGAAAAUAUCACCAAUAUAUGAUGUAGCCCUGCUGUAGAUAUCUUGCUUUACUAGUACAUAUAUCUAUUCAGAAAGUGAUGCGAAUAUAUCUGAUGCAGUCUUUGGGAAUUCGUAAUACUCUCAACACACAGUGAACAAGUGUGUGUUUGUUAUUCCACCCGUAUUUGUUGAUCGCCUAUCACGGUACACGGGGCUCUUUUGAUACCUUAAAUUAGCGAUGAUGGAUCAAGGACAUAUAGCACCACAGAACCAAGCAUAUUACUGCCAAUAAUGUCUACUCUCCAAGCAGAGGUUAGGCCCCGGCUGUUUUUUUGCGUUUUUAUCGGGCUUUCUAUUUUGUACCGUUUUGUUGAUGUCUCGCGGCCUUAGCCCGAUAAAAACACACUAAAAAGUGCCAAAAAACGGCCAGAGCCUUACCUCUGCUUGGAGAAUAAAAGAAAUGUCAUCUAGAGCUCGCAGACUCGUCAGCCGAUCGAUAUUCCUGCUGUGUGACAGGGUUAAGAACUAUUCCUUGAUUAGCCACUAUGUGGCCAUUAUGCCCUCUUCACAACUGAAUAUUUUUUCUUUGUUUUUCUACCUCAGUUGUUGUAGUAUUAGUUUAAGACUUAGUUGAUUUACAACGUGUUCCAGUUUGAUACCAUAUCUCACCGAUCUUUAUACGUCAUUGUUUGAGUCCAUGGAGUUUAUCUUCUGAAAGAAGUUAUUAGAUAGAAGUUAUCGUUGUUAUGAUUUAUCUUUAUUUCUCUAUGGAUGCUAUGUGUCAAUCACCAAUUUGUAAUAUGUAUAUAUGUAUUACAAAAUAAACUGCAGUUCACUGAUGAAAGACAGCGGAUGCUGUUUGAAACAUCUACCUCAAGUGGA